AUGUUCGGCAAGGGUUCGACGCCGCCAGAAGUACGAAGGCUCCUUUGGGAAACCUCGACCGACGCGGGUAUCACUUGGCGAAAUCAUGGCAAUGACGUCGAAAUUAAUCCCCGAUGGAACCUUAGACGCUGCCUACAACGGGGGGACACUUCAUCUAUCUCGCAGGAGGUAGCCGUGGGGGCCGGUUAUCUCCAAGCCGCACCGAGUGGGUGUGACAUGUCAUGUUGUAUCCAUCUCACACGCAGGCGGGAGACGUCUACAAUGGGACAAGGACUUCUUUCAGCUGAGCCUCUGAAGAUGUGGCAACCGGUAGGUCCCCCCGACAUCCCUUCCCGCCUUGCCGCCAGCCGGUUUGCACCCAUCCCGCAUCUCUCCCGUGCUACCUCGACACCAAACAAUCAUACACACAAAAACGAGGUUCCUGCCGACAGCCGAAGGGUAACACGAAAACAAAACGGUCCAAUCUGUAGCCUUUCAAUAGCGUGGGAAAGCGUGGGAAACAAAAGACUAAAACUCAAGCAAGGACGGGGGAUAGGGAAACAUCGAAUGGUCCCCGAGAUGAAAGAUGCGCUGGAGCAGAGUUCGGACGGGAAACCUGUGGGUAAAGUAGGCAAUUAA